AUGAAAAAGGAUAUGGAAAACGCUUUGAAAGAAACUAGUAAUGUCCCUCCACCUUCACCUUUCAACACCACUCAAAUUGAUACUAGUUUCGAUCCAAGCUCAUCAUCACUACCAAAUAAUCUCAACAGUGUUAAAUUAUCUAUUAUACAUUAUUUAAUUUCAAAGGAAAAACAUUGCUCUGAUAUUGUAAAUACUUUGAACAUGUUGGUUUCUAAUUUCGAGGAAGUUUCAGCUCCAUUUAUUAUGGAUUUUAAAAUUAUCACAUUGAUUAUAAAUAUAUUAGAUAUAGUUUCAAAGAUGACAUCAAAGGAUAUUGAACUUUACUGUCAACAAUACGUACAAGAUUUUGAUCCUUCAGAUAAAACCAGUUCUCUACUUAUCACAGUUGAUGAUCAACCUUUACAAAAAAAACAUGAAUUGACAACAAGAGAAUCUAUUGAAGUUGUUUGUCAACAAUUAGUAUCUUUCAUACACAUCUGUUUAAACAAUAGAGAGUUGACUGAAACUGUAAAAAAGAGCGAGGAUGUUCUCACUUUGGUAAGAAUUCUCACUAACUUCCAAUGUGAAGAAGGGUUUAGUUUCUCUCAAAAGUUAGCUCUUGAUAUACUUUCAGCUCUUCUAAUCAAGACUGAUCUUGUAUUGGUUGACAGUUUACACAAAAAGAAAAUUAUUUAUUUAUUAUUAGAUUCUUUCAAGAAUAUCAAAUCAACAGAUUACAAAAUGGUUUCAUCAGUAAUAGAAACUAUUGUUUCAAUUUUAAAACAAACUAUUUCAACAAGUCCUUACCUGUACAGAGAUUUUAAUGAUUCAAAUGGCCAUCAAAUACUUCAAGAGGCCCUCAUAGAAUGUGAAACUCAAUUUGAAACUGAUAUGGAAGUUAUGAAAGUAGCACUUAAAAACUUUAGCGAUCUUCUUUGUGUUGGAGAAAAACCAACAGAGCCUCCACAAGAUUAUAUUCAACAAAUGAACUUCUCCUCAGCAAAUACUAGUUUGGAAAGAAGAAUUAAGAAUAUUGCAAUUUAUCAAUCAUUAAUUAAUAUAUUCUUGAAAACAAACAAGGAUAUUUUAAAACAAGAAAUUAUAGAAAUACUUCUUGUAGUCUUUGCAGAUAAUUCUCUAAAUUAUCCAUCAGUACAUCACUUACAUAAUAUGGCUAUUUUGAUAAGAAAUUUACCUGACCUCUCAGAGAAAAUGCAACAAUCAGUUUUAAAACUAGUUGAAUUCAUAUUUGCAGGUUUGAAUUUUUCACCAAUCGAAGAGUUGAAGAUGCUUGGAGAGUUAUUAACCAGUAGAGAAGCAGCUCCUAAAUUAGUUUUGAACGUUCUCUCUCUUAUUAACAAACUGUUAAACUUUGAUUCCAGAUUUAGUAUUAGGUUCAAGGAAGCCUACUUGUUUGAAAAAAUUGUUGGUAUGCUUUGUGAUGAAUUCGAAAGCAUUAUCAAGUUGGGGCAAUUCAAAAACAAUGAUGAAAAGAAUAUGGUUAUUUUGAAACUCUUAGAUUUAACUAUUCAAGUUUUAAUUUCCAUGCUUCAAAAGACAAACGAUAAUGUACGUACAUUCAGAGAAGUUGGAGGUGUGUCAGUCCUUCAAACAAUGUUACUUAAUGACAUGUUUAGAGGGUAUGCUUUGAAAGUGUUCCACACUAUUAUUGUUCAAGAUACAGUCCAACAAAGUAUCGAUGUCAAUGUAUUGAUUGAAAUUUUACAAACAUCAAAGAGAUCUAAUAUUGGACUCAAGAUUGCUAUUUUCAAUGCUCUUACUAAAAUGUUUAAGAGUAAUGAUAGAGCAAAAGAGUCAUUUAGAGACGCCGGUUUUGUUGCUAGUGUUUCUAUCUUGAUUAAUACUCCAUGCCCAACAGGUUCAGUUCUUUCAAAGCAAUUGAAUAAGCUUUUAGAGGAUUCAAACUCUGAGAAUGAUAAUACUGACACUGAGGAGCUUUACGAACAAAUGGACGUAAUCAGAUUAAUGCAAUCCAUGUUUACUGCUUUGGCUACAUCUCUUCAGAAUCAUCCAAGGAAUAAGUUAUCAUUCUUACCUAAGAUUGGUGAUAAUGCCAUAAUUGACGCUUUAAAUGUAAAUGGCAUAAUGAACACUGAGUACAAGAAAGAAGUUUUCCAAUGUUUGAUUGAUUUUGCAACUGAGAAAUGUAUUGAAGAGUUUGAUCAAAAUAACUCUUCUGGUAAUUUAAGCUAUAAUAGCAUUUCCUCUGGCAAUAUUUCUUCUCUGGCUGUUAGCCCAGUUACACCUAUUCCCCUUAGAUCACGAGAUAACGACCUCUAUCUGAAUAUUGGCGGUCUCACAGUUUCAAAAUGCCCAAUUCUUCAUAAUCCAUUUGGUCUUUUGUUUUGUUUAAAACUCAUCAAUCAUGCUAGUGAGGAUUUACAAUUGUCCAUUUUGAAAGUUACCGAGUUAAUGUUAAAAGUUGGUCCAUUGAACCUAGAGGGUUUAUCCAAUAUCAAGGUUGUUGAUUUUAUUUUGGAUAAUUUAUAUGGACAAAUGGUUGACACUAAUCACAAGUUUAGUGCUACAUUACUAAACAUUUGCGAAAAAGUUGCAUGUUACAGAUUAUCACAAUUGGAGUGGAGAAGAUUAUUAUCAAUCUUUGCAGACAAGGAUCACCCACAAUGUAUGAUGAAAUUAUUGAUGAAUGCUGCCAAGAAAGGUAUUAGCACUCCAUUUGUAGAAUAUAGGCCGGGAUCUGAAUGCCCAAUUAUUAAUCUAACAGACAGAACUUGGAAUAGUUCAAUGACAGCUGGAUAUACUUUCUCAUGUUGGUUCUACAAUACAACAGAUGUCUCUGCUACAGCCCAAAAGAAAAGAAGAACUCACUCUCAUCAAAGAACACAAUCCAACGCAAGCAAGAGAUUAUCAGCAACAACCUUUGGUGAUCUCAAUGUUUUUAUUCUUCUUAACAUUCAAUCAGAUGAUGGCAAAUCAUUCCUUCAAUUCCACGUCAGACCAGAUGGUUUUCUUGAAUUCCAAAAUGGACCAAAAUCAAAGAGAAUUUUAUUCUCUAAGGUUCAAUUUGAAUCUGACAAGUGGCAUCACUUGGUUGUAACCCAUCAAAGAAACAGAUUAUCGAGCAGUGUAAUGUCGAUUUAUGUUGAUGGUAAAUUGGAAGAAUCACAAAAAGUUGGUUUUGUUAAUCCGUAUGCUGCAGGAUCCAAAGUUACUGGUAUUUUGGGUAAAAAUAGUGCUGAUAGUAUUGAUGUUUGGAGAAUGGGACCUUCUUUCCUUUAUGAAGAUGUUCUUUAUCCAGAGACGGUUGCAUCUAUUUUCGUUGCUAACAAUACUUACACAGGUUAUUUCCAAGGAUCCUAUACUCCACACAUGGAUCUUCUUACAUAUCAUCUCUAUCCAAACUAUAUUAAAUUAUUGCAAAGAGUUGCAACAUCUAGAGAGAUUUCAACUGAAACCGAAGCAAAAGAAAGCAUUGUAUCAAUUUCUGCCUCUAAAUUAUCUCCUGAGAGAUUGGUAUUCGCAUUCAACGCUCAUAACCAUUCCCUAAAGUCAUUGGACCAAGAUAACAGAAACAAUUCACUGGUUUUAGAAAGUUUACACGGCGAUAGAAAGUCACCAAAAGUACUCUUACCACAAUUAGACAAGAGUUUUGUUUGUUGCCCAACAUCACUCUCUGACAAUAUUCUUAACUCUGAUGGUAUUGUAGUUGUUCUUGCCCUCAUUGAUAGAGCUGAAACUACUCAAGCUCUUUAUGAUUCAUUAAUGCUCUUGUACAAUUUGAUGAUGGACUCUCCAUUACAAAUUGAUGAAGUAGAAAGAAUUUUGGGAUACGACAUUAUUGCAAGUUUCAUUAGAAAAAAGACAUCUUUGUUGGAUAGCAAGAUUCUUCAACUUUUAUUCGAUUUUGUACUUAUGGGUAGUGGUGAACAAAAGGAAAUUGUAACCAAUCUGAAAGCAUUUAUUUGCUUGAUCAUUGAUUAUGAUAUUUGGAGAAAGACAGAUACAGCUAUUCAACUUGAAUUAUUCCAAAAAAUUGACAAUCUUGUUUCGCAAAGUUAUUAUACUCAUUGGAAUGUUAUUAGACUCAAGACAACAGGCAUUGUUACCAAAUUGUUGCAUAUUUUGAGUGAAUCUCCAUCCAUUCAAAUUAUUGAAGUUAUUUCUGGUAUAUUAGCUCACUUAUUCAAGCAUAGAAUGUCAGAUAAUGAUAUGAUAUCUAUUUGUAACUUUUUGCUGAGUUCUCUUGAUGAUUCUGCUCUCAUAUCAGGAAAUAGAAAGAUACAAAAGGCAGGAAGUUGGGUUAUGGUUAACACCAAGUCAAACAACUCUUCCUUCUCACUUACUCAAACACCUUCUCUGUCUGAUGUUUCCUCAUCAAGUUCCAAGAAGUUAAGACGUCAAAGUGCUACUACCCUUUCAUUGAGUAAUGUAGCAGCAAGAAAUUUAUUAUUGAAAAUGUUAUACGAUUUAGCUAGUUCAGAUGUUAAUUACCUUGAAUUAUUUUCAAAACAUGUUGAUGAAGUUUGGUUCUAUCAAUUUGUUGGAGAGAAAUCUCAUCCUAUUUCAUUGAUAUUAUCUCUCCAAUUACUUUGUCUUCUUCUUUUACAAGGAAAGAUAAAGCCAGAUAAUAUUUUACCAAGUUUAAAACGAGGUUUAAUACCAUAUUGUAAUCAACCAGAUGUUUAUUACACCUUAUUAUUGUUGAUGACUAGAACAAUUUUCGCUUAUCCUUCAUUGAACGUUGUCUCAGAGGCUGAUUUGAAGAAUUCUUUGGAUCAAGUUUCAGGAAUGUUUAAUGAAAAGGGUAUGACAGAUAUUAUUUUCUGCAAGGAAGUUAUUCCAAUACUCAUCGAACUCAUUUCUCAUAACUAUGCUCCUGAUUCUGAGAGUGCAUUAUAUGGUGAGGUUUCAGCUGUUUCUUAUUUUGCAUCUUUUAGAUCAGAAGAAAAAUCAUCACAAGCCAACCGUAGAUGGAGUUUAUUGAGAAACGUUGUUUCUUCUGUUGGAUCUUUUAAAGCAGGUAUUGAACAAGAAGAAGCAAGCCCAGUUACUACAAUAGAUUUGAACUCAAUUAAAUUGGAAGAAAGACCAAGAGAAAAUGCUAUUACUAAAGAAAUAUUAUCUGUAUUCAAGAGAAUAUGGAGAUUAUCUAGUGAUGUUAAAACUCAAUUUAGAAAGCCUGAAACGCUUCAAGCAUUAUCAAUUAUGCUAUUUUCUCUAGAGUUGAACAAAAAACCAAAGGUAGAUACAGAUGCCUUCUUAACUAAUUCUAUUGCUUCAUCAGUUCUUUCCAUUCUGAGAGCUAUCACAACCUAUGAACUCUCCAACUCAAGCAAAGGUGUUCAAAUUGUUGAAGAUAUAUUGAAAUCUCCUCCAACUCAAGCUAGUGAAACUUCAACCUUGGCAUUUAGAUCUUCAUUCUUAAUGUCAUUAAUCAAGGUUUAUUCCAGCGAGAAGAUGGUUGCUUGGGUUCAAGCAAAAGAUAGCAAACUUGGAGCAAACCUUUCAGUUUUCUGUUCUUAUGUAGUUGAUAUGCACUAUGCUUCUAUUUUACCAAAAACUCACUACAUUGAUACUUUGAAUUUCAUAAUCCAAGUAAUUUCAACAACCAAACAGUUGGACGUAUCAUCCAAGUUUUCCGUAACAAAUCUUUUUACAACUGGAGUUGGUAUGAAGAAGGAAUCUUCAGCAUAUCCAUUUAGAUCCCUUAACAGAAUGAUUUUAUAUUCAUUUGUUCAAGUAUCAUCUAGCGAUUUUACAGAGAAAGUUCUCAAUUCAAUGUUGGAUACUCAAGCUUUUAUAACUUCACUAGAUCCUAACAAUCUUGAUUUUGAAUAUUUUAAUUGUAUUUUCUUCCUUUUGUUUACACUAAUGACAGAUGAUUCCGAAGUUUCAAUUAAGGAUACAGCAGUUAAAAUCUGGAAGUUGAUUGUUGCUGCCCAUCACGAUACAAAUUUACUUCCAACAAUUUUCUUGGUUCCAAAAGAGAAAAUUACAAAUGAAACUCUUCAAGCUGCCUAUGACUUGGGUAAUAGUAUUGUUCAAGGAUUCAGAUCUUUGUUAGAUUCUGAUGUAUCUAUUUUCACAAAGUGGUUUAAUGAAAAUAACGAAAAAGUCUCCAAUUUCUUUAAUAAUAACUUGGCAUCCACUCUCACUGGAUAUAUUGAAGGUGAAAAUAAGCAUACUCAUAAUGCAUUGAACAUGUUAGAAGGAGAUUUAAUGAGAAACAGAUCUGCCUCAAGAAGUGAAAGAAAAUUAGGAGAAAAUUAUGGUUUCUUGCUUGGAAAUGCCAAAUCCCAAUUAAAACACAUUAUUGAAAUGGAAGAAGAAAGAACCCAAGUUUUGGUUGAAGAAUCAAUUAUUAGAUUAAAAUUUGCUGGAGAGACAUGGAACAAUCUUUACGAAUUAUUGUUCAUGGAAAGAGGAACAUGGUCUCAUAGAGCUAAAGAAGACAAUACAUUGGCAUGGAGAUUGGAUUCAACUGAAGGUCCUAAGAGAAUGAGAAUCAAGUUAGAAAAAUUCCAUCUUGAAAAGGCUUAUGAAGUUGCUAUUCAAUCCGAUCCAAACAGAGAACAAAAUAGUGUCCACGCAUCUAAGAAGGAAAGAAAUACUACUGUAAAGUCCACUGUCAAUUUAAUUGACAUGGACUCUUCUCCUAAGCAACCUGAAAAACCAGCCAUUGAAAACCUUGAAAAGUUCCAAGAAUGGAGCUAUUUGUCACCUGCAAAGCCUCGUGAAAUGUUACAACCAAAGAAGGAACUUGAUGACAAGGAUCUUGAAGCACUUGCUCCUCCAUCCAUUACUCUUGAUACAACAGAUAUUUCUCUUGAAGGAAGUCCAAGACCACUUGAAAUUAACAGAUCUAGAGGUGAUUUGGAAUCAUUGGAUGAAAGUAUGGAAAGUGAUAAUACUCAUGAAGGAACAACUCUGGAAAAUGCUACUGCUGAUGAAGUUGAUGAUGACGAUUUACUUACAAUGUAUGAAGAAGAAAUGGGUGAAGAUUUCAAGAUUAGAAAACUUAUCGAACCUGGUGAUAUGAUUUUGUUCAGUUAUAACAGUUUGAGAAUUAAUGGUCUCGAUGGACAAAAGUCUCUAUUCUUGAUUUGUAAGAAUAAUGCCUACAUUAUCGACAACUAUGUACUUACUGAUGAUGAUAAAUUAAUAGAAGUUAAGGGAGACCACUCCACAUUGAUUGAAUCAAGCGCACAACAGGCAGUCAGUGAAAAUGAACUUUCUGAUAUUUCUCAUGAAACAAUCAAGAUUCCACUAACUGAUAUUAAUGACAUUCUCAAGAGAAGAUAUUUAUUGAGAGAAACUGCAGUUGAAAUAUUCUGUAGUGAUGGUAGAAACUUCUUCUUAGUACUUGAGAAGGUUGACAUGAACAAAGUGUAUGAAAAACUCAAAUCUUCAGACAAACAUCACAAGAAGGCCUUCCCUUCACUCAAGACUAUGCAAUCAAAGUGGCAAAAGGGAGAAGUUGAUAACUUUGAAUAUUUAAUGUACUUGAACACUUUAGCUGGAAGAUCUUUUAACGAUUUAACACAAUAUCCAAUCUUCCCAUGGGUCUUACAAGAUUAUAGUAGUGAAGAAUUGAACUUUAAUGAUCCAAAGAUUUAUCGUGAUUUAUCUAAACCAAUGGGUGCUAUUGAUGAUGGUAGAGCUAAACUUUUCCGUGAAAGAUAUCACAGUUGGUGUGAUCCUUAUAUUCCAAAAUUCCACUAUGGUUCUCACUAUUCAAGUGCAGGUAUUGUACUUUACUACAUGUUGAGAAUUGAACCUUAUACAUCUCAAUGUGUUGAAUUACAAGGAGGCAAGUUUGAUAUUGCUGAUCGUAUGUUCCACUCAAUCAAGGAAACUUGGGAAUCUGCAUCAACUGAUUUCUCUUUAUCAGAUGUUAAGGAAUUGAUUCCUGAAUUCUACGUUCUUCCUGAAUUUUUGAUCAACAAGAAUAACGUACAGUUUGGCUUGAAGCAAAAUGGUAAUCCAGUCAAUGAAGUAGAGUUACCACCUUGGGCUCACGGUAAUCCUGAAUAUUUUGUAAAGAUGAUGAGAAAAGCAUUGGAAAGUGAUUAUGUUUCUGAACAUUUGCAUGAAUGGGUAGAUUUAAUAUUUGGUUUCAAGCAAAAAGGUCCAGAAGCAGAAAAAGCAUUGAAUGUUUUCUUCUAUUUAACAUAUGAAGGAUCUGUUGAUAUUGAUAAUAUUUCGAAUGAAAUCGAAAAGAGAGCUAUCAUUUCUCAAAUCAGUAACUUUGGUAAUACUCCACAACAAUUGUUCACAAAACCACAUCCAAAGAGAAAUACCAAUCAAUUAAUUGAAAAGCAACCUACUAUUAGUCCAACUCCUGAAAAUAUUACUGCUGCUGAUCAAUUACCAACUGUUGGUACACAAACUACAGGUGGUGAAGCAUCCGAUGGCAAUGUUGGUGCACUUGUUGGUAGCUCAGGACUUAUUAGUAAUCUUGUACUUGCUGUUAACACACAACCAGUCGUAUUACCAAGUUUUAAGAAGGUUCUUGAUCCAAAUGUUAUUUGUGUUUCUUUCAACAAGCUCAAGGGUAUUGUUGCAGAUGAUGUAACAUAUGCCAAUGACGCAGGAAGUACAAUUGUUGCCGAUUUACAAGGAGGUAUUGUUGCUCCUUCAUUUACUGCAACCCUUGGAAAAUUAACAGGUAAGAUCAACAAGGUACUCACAUACAAGGAAAGUAGUACUGUCUCAGACACAGGUGUUGUAGUUACAACACCUUUCUCUGGUGUCAACACUUUUGAACCUGUUACUCCUCAAUUAUGGGGUCCAUUAGCUGUUGGUCAAAUUUCUUUAACUCAAAAACAAUUAGUUAAUGGUAUUGUUGCUGUGAACAAGAAUUGCUUCUUUGCAGAUGCUAAGAGUUCAAAGUACUAUUCUUAUGGACAUCCUGAUUACUCAUUAAGAUUAUUCAGAGACAGUAACAGUGAAACACCAAUAGUAGUUCAUGAAAGACUUCAUACCUCUCAAAUUAGUCAUGCUACUAUCACUAAAGAUCAUCAAGUGCUUGUUUGUGGUGGUGAAGAUAGUGUUGUCAGUGUUUUCAAGAUUAAGAAACAUAAGAAGACUGAAAUUUUGGAAAUUCAAAAGAGAUUGUGUGGUCACACUGAUAAAAUCUCUUACGUUACAGCUAGCUCUGAAUUCAACAUCAUUGUUAGUGGAAGUUAUGAUGCAACAUGUAUUGUAUGGGAUCUAAGUAGAUUGAAGUAUGUUCGUGAAUUGUCAAUUCCAUCAGAUGUUGAAGACAAACCAAUUUCAUUUAUUUCUGUAUGUCCAUCCACUGGACAAAUUAUUGUUUGUCAAUGGACCAGAGUAACUGUUUAUGCUAUGAAUGGUGACAUCUUGGCUUCAAAGAGUUUAGGAAGAACACCAGCUACAACAGCUCUUAAAGUUAUCAAUCCUUAUGACGGUAGAGAACACUUGCUUGUUGGUCAUUCAAAUGGUGAAAUUAGUAUAUUUGAUAUGAAUUACACUGUUUCAAGUGAAACAAACAAGAACGAGCUCACUUUGACCAAGUCUGUUACUCUCAAAGAUCUCAAAUCUGCUGUUACCUGUCUUUAUUUAACUAGUGAUGGUAAAAAAUUAUACUGUGGUGGUGAGGAUGGUGUAGUUUACAAAUAUACUUGCCAAUUGUAAUUUCAAUCAAAAGACCUUUUCAACCUUGUUUGAUCAUAAUAAAUUAUUUAAAUUAUUU